CUGGGCUCGCCGCUCCGAGAGAGGAGGCAGAAAAGUUGCUGACUGAGUCUUGGGAGGGCGCGAGGAGGGACAGAGAGAAAGAAAGAAAGAAAGAGUGAAAAGGCAGGCGGUGUGCGUAAAGUAGGCACCAGAAGAGCCCUGGAGCGAUGUCUGGGGAGUGAGGGAAGCAGGGCCUUGGAGGAGGAGGAGGAGGAGGGGGGCCCAUAGACUGGAGAGCUGCUCCCCAGCACAACCCUGAGGCGCCCCAGCUGAGUAAAGGAGGAGGCGAGCGAGCCCCACCAUCUCUCCUCCACUUCCUCCUCCUGCAUCCCCUUCCUCUCUCCCUCUCUCUCUGAGGCGCCCCCAAAACUAAGGCCCAGGGGUGAGUGUGGCGGGGUCCCCAUUGCCCUGCCCCCCCUCGGCCGCCAUGCCCCGGAGGAGGAGGAGGGGGCUCCUGCUGGUGCUGCUGCCGCCCUCCUCGGCCGCUGCCUACCUCUGCCUCUUCUCCUCCUUUCUGCACAGCGUCCCAGGUCUCAAUAUUUGUACAAGUGGCAGUGCUACCUCCUGUGAAGAAUGCUUGUUGGUUCAUCCCAAGUGUGCUUGGUGCUUUAAAGAGGAGUUUGGGAACAAAAAAUCCAUCACUUCAAGAUGUGACUUCAUUGAGAAUCUAAUUGUCAAUGGUUGUGCGGGGCAUAUUGAGAGUACAAAAAGCAGCAUUAAUACAGUAAAGAACCUUCCUUUGAGCAGUAAGGGCUCCAGUGGAGCUAAUUCAGAUGUUACCCAGAUAAUGCCUCAAAAGAUCUUUUUGAAUCUGCGGCCUGGUGAUCCAGCCUCUUUCCACGUCCAGGUUCGACAGGUGGAAGAUUACCCUGUAGAUUUAUAUUAUUUGAUGGACCUUUCCCUCUCCAUGAAGGAUGAUUUGGAUACCAUUCGGAACCUGGGAACCACCCUGGCGGAAGAGAUGGGAAAGCUCACCAGCAAUUUCCGCCUUGGCUUUGGCUCUUUCGUGGACAAGAACAUUUCUCCCUUUUCUUACACAGCACCCAGAUACCAGAACAACCCCUGCACAGGUUACAAGCUAUUUCCAAGCUGUGUUCCAUCCUUUGGAUUUCGACAUCUUUUGUCCCUCACAGAUAAAGUAGACAGGUUCAAUGAGGAAGUUCAGAAACAGAAGGUUUCUCGCAACAGGGACGCCCCAGAAGGUGGCCUUGAUGCCAUUUUGCAGGCUGCUGUAUGUGAGAAGGAGAUUGGAUGGCGGAAGGAGGCCUCUCACUUGUUGGUCUUCACAACAGAUGAUGUCCCACACUUUGCACUGGAUGGGAGGCUGGGUGGAUUGGUGCAGCCCCAUGAUGGGCAGUGUCACCUAAAUGAAGCCAAUGAAUACACUGCAUCUAAUCAGCUGGAUUAUCCUUCCCUUGCACUUCUUGGAGAGAAACUAGCAGAGAACAAUAUCCACCUAAUUUUUGCAGUGACAAAAAAUCACUAUCUUCUUUACAAGAAUCUUACAGCUCUUAUCCCUGGAACAACAAUAGAGAUUUUGUAUCCAGACUCCAGAAAUAUUAUCCAGCUCAUAGUCAAAGCCUACAAUAGCAUUCGAUCUAAAGUAGAAUUGACUGUCUGGGAUAAUCCUGAGGACAUCAACCUAGGUUUCACAGCCACGUGUCAAGAUGGCUUGUCCUACCCUGGAGUCAGGAAGUGUGGAGAUCUUCAGAUAGGAGAUACAGUUUCCUUUGAGAUAUCAGUAGAAGCCCGGAGUUGCCCUGCUGAGAAUACCUCUCAUACAUUUACUAUCAAGCCAGACUGGUUCCGGGACACUUUAGAAGUGACUGUCACAUACAACUGCACCUGUGGAUGUACCAAACAAACUGAGUACAACAGCAGCAAGUGUAGUGGAAAUGGCACACAUGUGUGUGGCUUAUGUGAAUGUGAUCCGGGCCACGUGGGCGCCAAGUGUGAGUGCGAGGAGGGGGAGAGUGGGAGCAUGUACCAGAAUAUGUGCCGUGAGGCUGAAGGGAAGCGUAUCUGCAAUGGCCGGGGGGAAUGCUCUUGCAACCACUGUGUCUGCUAUGAAAGUGAAUUUGGGAAGAUCUACGGCUUGUUCUGUGAGUGUGAUGACUUCUCCUGUCCAAGAUACAAGGGCAUUCUCUGCUCAGGUCAUGGAGAAUGCCACUGUGGCGAAUGCAAGUGCCACCGUGGUUUUGUCGGGGACAACUGUAACUGCUCAACAGAAACAGACAGAUGUCUUUCCAAUGAUGGCCAAAUGUGCAGUGGCAGAGGCAAUUGCAUCUGUGGGAAAUGUCAGUGCACAGAACCUGGUGCCUUUGGGGAGACUUGUGAGAAAUGUCCCACCUGCCCCGGCGUCUGCAGCACAAAAAGGGAUUGCAUUGAGUGUGUGCUGUUUAACUCAGGAAGACUGGCCGACAACCAAACCUGUCAAAAACACUGCAGGGAUGAGAUCAUUACACGGGUGGAUGUUCUCAAAACUGAUGAUCCACACUCAGUGCUGUGUGCCUACCCAGUGAAGGACUGUGUAAUGAAGUUCACAUAUUCAGAACUUAUCAAUGGAAAAACCAAUAUCACUGUUCUCAAGGAACCAGAAUGUAGUAUAGCCCCUGAUGCCAUGAUAAUCUUACUAGCUGUGGUAGGCAGCAUCGUGCUCCUGGGCAUUAUCCUAUUGGCGAUUUGGAAACUGCUGGUCACUAUUCAUGACAGGCGGGAAUUUGCCAGAUUCCAAAAUGAGCGUUCCCGAGCAAGAUAUGAAAUGGCUUCAAAUCCUCUUUACCGCAAGCCGAUUUCUACACACAGCUUAGAUUUCACAUUCAACAAGCUUAACAGGACCUACAAUGGAACAGUUGACUGAUCAGAAUAUGGAGUACUUGGCAAUUGCUUUGCUUCCUCAGCGCUUCCUCCAAUGGACGGGCAGAAUGCUGUGCUGGGGGACAAUAUCUUAAAGGGAGACUUGGCCAUCAGGCAUGGGCUUCUGUUUGCACAUAAAGGACAAAGAGCCAGUGCCCCAUCUGCUCUUCAUAUCUCUAACCCAAAGCCGCCCUGAUAUAUUCAAAAUCCAUUCUCACUGACCUGGUUUCCUUUUGUUGCCUUGGAAGUGCCAGAAGACUGAACAGUGUGCCAUAUAGCAGUGUCAACCAUCUGUCAGUAUGACAAGGUACGCAGGUCCAGUUGAUAGAGACACUGUAUUGCUGACAGUGUUUAGGGGAAAACUAGCAUUGGACAAGGUGGUACAAGCAAUUCUUUUUAAAACAGCCUGGUGUUACAGUUUUUAGAAUAAUUUUUUAUUAAAAAAAUAAAAAAUAAAGCAACUGCAUAUAUA